ACACACACACACACACACACACACACACACACACACACACACACACACACACAGCCUUUGUGAGAGGUUAAACGAAUGGGCCAUCUGACCCAUGAUGAUGAUACAAGCCAGCAAACAUUAUAUAGUGAAGUUACGGGAGAACGUCGUGUGUGUGCUUUUUUUGAGCAGGUCCACUUUUUUACCAGAAGCGUUGAAGUGGCCUGAACGUAGCUACCCGGGUUAUUUUAAGUGCAAUGUAGACAGAUGUUCCUUGUAUAGUGAAUGCUGUGAAGUAUUUUAUACCAUGUUAAUUAUAGAUUUGCACUUUUAGUGCAUGAAGUAAAUGUCCUUGGCUUUUAUAGCCUUGUGCAUCUGUGUAGUGUGAAGUUUAGUGAAGUUCCAUCGGUGAUUACAGUGCACAGAAUCUUAACCCAGUAAAUAAAUGAUUCCCCAAAUCUUUGCAAUGUGCUUGUGAGAAAUGUCCAGUUUACUUUGUCAGAGACGGUUUGAAGCUGGAAACAUGUUUGAGUUAAUUGUUCAGUGUUCAGUUCAUAUACAGCAUUAAACAUGAAGAGUUGUCUUGUUUUUUUAUCUUAACGUCAUCAAACCAUUAUGUUUUCAUUUUUAAGAGCAGAAGCUGGUUUCCUUGGUGACGUGCAUAAUGCUUUUGAUUGUGUUCCACGUUGUAUAAUCAUACUCGAUAUGAAAGAAGCAGAAGCAUUUGUGAGGAGCGUCAUUCUCACAAUAUUCAAGUCACCGGGCUGGAUUUGGCCGACGGGCCCUACAGGGACACCUAAUAUUUGCUUAUUUGUUAUAUUAUAUUGUAUACUGACUUAUUAAUAUACUUGGAGUCAUUAUUGGCACAACUUCAUUUAUUGUUGUGAUACUCAAGAAACGUCAAAGUCUUAAACCGGCUAAUGUUCAAUGUUAAUCAAUGUACAGAUCAGAUAAAACACAAUGAACCAGUGUAACACAUCAGGUAUUUAUUAAGUCACGGGGGAACAAAUUGAACGCGAGCUCGCUAUCACAGAAACAUAUGGACAUUAUGGUUUUAUUACUGAUUUUCUUAGCUGCAGAUAAGGAGUAUUAGUAAAAGCUGCACAGCAGCACAACAACCUGUUCAAUUGUGUGUUUCUUCAUUGACUUCGACCAGUCGGAACGCUUCAGAUCAUUGCUUUAUUAAAACGCCAUCACCAGGUUAUCCAUUAAUCUCAUUCUGAGUACGCUGAAAGUUCUGAACAAACACGGAACGCUUAACCAUUAAAUCCUCAUGCCUUAUGUUUUUACAAGAGACUCCGGUGACCUGAAUCCCUCCUAAAAAAAACCCAAUAAAGUCUGUAAGCGUAACCGAAAGCUGCCACUGAUUAACCGAGCGGAGGGACAGCACCUCUGCAGGCAGCGAGCCGCGGGCCGGACUGCUCAUUGCCGGCUGACGAUGGGCAAAGCGAACGAUCCUGGGAUGGAGGGGCGACCCGAGUGGGACAACAAGGUCCAGUACCUGCUGACGUGUAUCGGCUUUGCAGUGGGAAUCGGCAACGUGUGGCGUUUUCCUUACCUGUGCCAGAUCUACGGAGGAGGUGCUUUCCUCAUCCCCUACCUGAUCGCCCUGGUGUUCGAGGGCCUCCCCCUGCUCUACCUGGAGAUGGCCAUAGGACAGCGGCUCCGCAUGGGCAGCAUCGGGGUCUGGAACUCCAUCUCCCCCUUGCUGGGUGGAGUCGGGAUCGCCUCCAUGUUAGUGUCGUUGCUGGUGUGCAUCUUCUACAACACUCUCCUUGCCUGGGUGCUCUGGUACCUCUUUCACUCUUUCCAAAACCCGCUGCCGUGGAGCCAGUGUCCUCCCAGCGACAACCUCACAGGCUACAACGCAGAGUGUGUGAAGAGCACUCCGGCAAACUACUUCUGGUACCGCGAGACCCUGAACAUCUCAACCGACAUCGGCACCAGCGGCUCUCUGCAGUGGUGGCUGGUGGUGUGUCUGGCCAGCGCCUGGUGCGUGGUCUACGUCUGCUUCAUCAAGGGCAUCGAGUCCAUCGGGAAGGUGGUGUAUGUGACGGCCAUCUUCCCUUACCUGGUGCUGACCAUCUUCCUGGUACGCGCCCUCACUCUGCCCGGAGCCACCGCCGGACUGGUCUACCUCUUCACCCCGGACUGGGAGGUGCUGAAGAACCCUCAGGUGUGGCUGGACGCCGCCACCCAGAUCUUCUUCUCGCUGUCUGUAGCCUUUGGAGGUCUCAUAGCUUUCUCCAGCUACAACAAAGAGAGAAACAACUGUGAGCUGGAUGCCGUGCUGGUAGGAGUGAUAAACAGUGCCACGUCCCUCUACGGCGCCAUUCCCAUCUUCGCCAUCCUGGGAUUUAAAGCCAACUCCGCCUACAACUCCUGCAUGAAGGAAAACAUCUUGGCUCUGACCAACCACUUUGAGUUUUCGGACCAGAACAUGACAGCAGAGAGCUACGACCACUGGUUGGAGUACCUGAACCGUACAUCUCCAAGUGAGGUGGCUAGUCUGGACCUGAGGCCCUGUGAGCUACAGACAUUUCUGGACCAGAGCGCAUCCGGCACCGGCUUGGCUUUCAUCGUGUUCAGCGAAGCGGUGGUGGAGAUGCCGGGCGCGCAGAUAUGGGCCAUACUGUUCUUCACCAUGCUCUUCAGCCUGGGUCUCUCCUCCAUGUUUGGUAACCUAGAGGGCGUCCUCACGCCCAUCAGAGACCUCCAGCUGCUGCCUGUGUGGAUCCCUAACGCACUCGUAACAGCGGUCACCUGCUUGAUGGCCUUCUCGAUGGCUCUCAUCUUCACCAUGGCUUCGGGCAACUACUGGGUGGAGAUCUUUAACAGCUACGUGGGCUCCGUCCCUCUGCUCAUCGUUGCAUUCUUUGAGAUUAUUGCAGUCAUUUACGUCUACGGCAUGAAAAACUUCAGUGAAGACAUCUACUUCAUGACGGGGAAGAAGCCCAACCUGUUCUGGAAGGUGUGCUGGAGGGUGAUCAGUCCUCUGAUGCUUCUGGUGGUGUUGAUCGCCUACGUCGUCACCCGGAUACAAGAGCGCCCCUCCUAUGGCACGUGGAACCCGGCCUACGAACUAUUCCCCAAAACGGAGGUGAAGCCUUAUCCAGACUGGGUGUUCGCCAUCAUCAUCCUCCUCUCCGCGGUGCCGGUGAUUCCCAUCCCUCUGGUGGCGCUGUACCACCUGAUCAAGAGGUCCUCCGCUCGCGCCGACCUGAAUCCCUCCAGCAAUGAGGGCUUCGAGAUUGAGCCGCGCGACCAGCAGAACCCGAGGGCUCCCCAAGUCGAGUCCCGUCACUGAACAAAGAGGACGAUCCUGAUCGUAUAACCAGUGGUGCAUGUUUACAGUCAUCAGGAAUGAGCUGGAACGGACAACUGUGGAUUUAUUGAACUUUCCUUCAUACAUUGUUGUGAACUCUACAUGAUACAAAUGACGGCAGCGUGUUCUCAUCUGAAGCUUCCUGCUGUCACCUGAAUUUACAUACAAAAAACUACCACAGUGUGAGUCAAAGUCCAGAGAUACAAACAGCUAUGGGACCAGGCCAGGUCCAACACAGUGGCUUUCCAUUCCAUGUGUGUAUCGUUUAUGACGGAGAUCUUAUCACUUCAUUUUUAUGACCGAUGCACAUUUGUCUUUCUCUAAAAGUUCUUCCUCAACACUC